CCCUGUCCCUGGCUAAGCUAAUUAACACAUCGAUUACAACGUUGCGCGGACAGUGUCGCUUAAAAUUGAUGGCGCUCGUUAAAAUAUCUCCCUUGUCCGUGAUUGCGAGGCCUUCUGGUCUUGACUGCGCCAACUGGUUGCGUCUAUUUUUAGGGCCAUAGCCCUCGAGCAGCAGGUGCACUUGUGGCCCAUAGAUGAUCACAUUCGCGAACCAGUUGGCGCAUCAUCCCCGUCACCACCAUCUGUGGAUCGCCUUCAAGUGUAGGUGACGGAUAGCCUCGUACUGCCAAUAUCGCUUACUUCCAGACAAUGGAUGGGCCAUGAUAUCCACGCUUCUGGGCCACACAAAUCAUUAAACCGACCCUUUUUCAGCUUGAUCGCUUUUCGGUGACUAUAUUCCAAAAUGUCAGAUAAUGGCGAAAGGACUCGUAAGGAAGGCAGCAUGGUGGGUUUAAUCUGUGACGACGGAGUGAUUCUGGCCACCAGUUCGAGGGACAAUCUUAUUUACCUACUGGAAGAGCGCAUUUACUGCUGUGCCCCUCGUUCUGGAAUUGAACGCAAAAAAGUUCUUGAUGUGUGCGUGAAGGUGGACUACCUAACACGUGAGUCGGGACAAAAGAUGACGGUGGCCCAGGUGCGGGACUUGUUGUGCCAGAAGUUCGAAUACGACGAGUCCGUGGAUAUCCUGCUGGGCGGCCAGGAUGAUUUGGGCCUCCAUAUCUACAGUUUGAAAGCAAAUGGAGGAUCCAGGCGGGUGAUAUAUGCAGCAAAGGGCAAAAAAUCUGAUGAAGCAGUGGCUUAUUUGGCGGAGCACUGGAAGGAGUCCUUGACACUGGAUGAAGCUGAACAGUUGGCUCGGGAGUCACUCAAAUUGGAGGUCAAUGACUUCGUGGAGAUAUGCAUCAUCAAUAGGGCUGAGCAAACAGAGGAGGCGGCUAGCGAUGAGGAUAACUAGUCUGGCAGAUCGCAGAACAGCAAUUGGUAGAUCCUUCAUUUACCUUCUAUGUAGUAGUUAAUCGCAUCAUUCCCUUUUCACGUUGAAAUAAAUGAAUUGUUGAUGCUAGACUGCCUCCCCGGUAA